AUGGCUGCGAAUCCACCGGUUGCAUCUGAUUACCAGACGCCGUCCGGGUCGCCCCGCCAAGAUACGGGUCGGCUCAGAUCUAAAACGGAGCCGAGACAGUCACACCGCCAUGGCUGCAAAACCCAUCCGAAUCGGGCAUGCCCCGCCAAGAUACGGGUCGGAUCCGUCUCGAUGCCCGACCCAACUCAUACAGUGACUCUCAUCAUCACAGCCUCACCCAAAUUAGACGACAAUCGAAAGGCAAAGAGGGCAACAACCCUUAGAAAAUUCCAGUCUCUUUGCUUGCCUCCUUUCCGAGUUGGGAUUUUUUUGUGA